CCCCUCCUUUACUACGCGGCACUGGCUGCGUUAUCUGCUGUUCUCAAAACGUCAUGCGUAUUCUGUUAUAAAAUGCACACAAUAGAUCGCUGAAGCAUUCCUUUCUGUAAAGGAGCACAGCUUGGGAGAGAGAGAGGUAGAUAGAACUGAAUAUGUUUUACUCGGGGAUCCUCACAGAGCCAACAAGGAAGGACGUGGAUAUGAGGGAAGCUGCAUCUCUCCGACAACAGAGAAGAAUGAAGCAGGCUGUUCAGUUUAACCACAAGGACUCUGCUGACCUGCUGCCAUUAGAUGGGCUGAAGAAACUGGGAACUUCAAAAGACACACAACCCCACAACAUCCUGCAGAAACGCUUGGUGGAGACAAACAUGUCAAGGUUGCGCCACAACCGAGGGUCAUGCUCUCAGAAGAAUGACCUUUCAGUGCAGACCAAUAAACUGAAUCAAAUUAAGCCGGACAGUCAUAAGAAAACAGAGGAAGAAGACCUCAUCCUGGUAUGCUGCCAGUGUUCUGGAAAGGAGCUGCAUGCAGCAAUUGAUACUGGAUGUCAGUGCAACAUCAUAUCAUCUUCAUGUUUGGAACGACUAGGACUAAAGGAACAUGUGCAAUUCUACAAACCUGAAGAUGAGCAGAUUCCAUUUCCACACAAUGUGAAGGUGAUCGGCCAUAUAGAACAUCUGACACUUACAAUAGGGACUACUCUUGUGGACCUUUCUGCAGAGGUUACUGAAGACAAUGAGAAAAACUUCUCUCUGGGGUUACAGACACUGAAAUCUUUGAAGUGUGUGAUAAAUAUGGAGAAGCAUCACCUGGUCCUGGGAAAGUCAGACAGGGAAGAAAUUCCAUUUGUUGGUAAUGUCUCUUCACAUGAAGAGAAUUAUUUCCUAGGGCCCAUCCUCAUGGUAGCCACCUGCGCUCCUGGUUCAGUUCUGUAGCACACAGCUGGAAGCCUGGGAAGUGUCCCUGGAAAAGUACUUCUGAGGCAUGAAGAGAAUGCACCUUUGAUGUUAGAAGAAGAAGACUGUGUGAUUGAUUUGUGAAUGAUGGAAGAGCAGUAGGCAACCCUUGCAACUUCUCCUGCUAGACUACAGCUAGAUGGUAGCUGAAUGAAAGGAUGGGCAAUAAGAAAGAGCUUCAGACAUUCACUUAACACAACCAGAUUCUGGACAAUGAGUUUGUACAUGCAAAUCGUAAAAACUGUGUCCUUUAUGACCUUUCCAAGUAUGGAAUUACAUCUGUUUUUCUAUUGCAUUCCUCUGUUUUAGUGUGAAUGGAUUAGCAAAAUUUAUAAAUGGCCAUUUGUAAGAGGGGAAAAGGACAAUUUUAUAACUUUCUCUUUGGAAUUAACAGUGUUUAGGUUCUAAGAAUCAGAUUGUUAAGAAAGUAUUUUUCAAUGAGUAACGAUUUAUAGAGUCUAAUUAAAGAUUGUUGGCUUUUAAGCAGUUGCAGAAAGUCCUGUUCAAGUUGAAAUAACUCAUAGGAAACACACAUUCCAGCCCUCACAUUAGUUAGUUAAUCUUGGUUCUUUCUGAGAGUUGGUGAUACCAUAGAACUGUGGUUCCCAACCAUUUUUCACUCAUGCAUCACUUGGCAACCCAUUUCCCUAAAACUGUACCCCCAUAUUAGCAAACUCAUUACAUAAUUUUUUUGCAUUCUCCCAAACACAUGCAUUUCCGUGGGAUGCAUGUACACCAGGUUGGGAACCACUGCCAUGGAAUAAUGGUUGCUUGAAGUAUAUAUAUUCAUUCCAUUGUUGUCCCUGUUCAUGGGUUUGCAGUUUUAAAAAAUAAUUUAAGAAAAUCACUAUAUUUAUUACAGGACAGAAAAGACUUGCACUAAAUCAUUAUUUAUUAUUCCCAUAUUGAACAAGUGUAAUCGAGUUUUCAACGCAUUUCUGUCUUGUUAUUGUCUGCUUCUUAUUCUGAUAUAGUUUUGUAAAGUUGUUUGAAGUGGGUGCAUUAUUAACCUUCCACUUUGCUGCAAUAUAAAUUCUUACAGCAUACAACCGAUUUGUAAUAAACUCAGGGUCAUGUUUCAUUUUUUUUAUAAUCAAUUUAAAAAUGAGGCCACUGGAUAUCCUGGUAAUUCACAUUUUAACGCAUCAUUAUGUGUUACGAUGUUUUCUUAAUUAGAUCUUAUCACAAGACCACCAAAUAUGUAUGAAAUCAUCUGAUUCUUUUCUUUACCAUUUCUCCAGUAGUAAUAAUAAUUACUAGUCUAAUUAGUUAUACUGUUUAAAUCUGGGGGUGUAGUACUCUUUGUAGAGUCAAGUACCAUUGAAGUAGUUAUUUUACUAGUGCAAGAUGGAGAAAGGAAAACUGUAAACCUUUCCUCAUCCUGUGUGGCUUUUCAUGUGUGCAGGGCCCACAAUCCUUGGCUUUUCAGGGGUCAAAAGGGACUGUGCUCUCUUGUGCCAGUAGAAAAAUGGAUAAGCUCCAAUGCAAAAUACUUAAAUCUUUCUCCUAUUUAAUCAUGUAUGAAUCAGUUACCAAGGAUUUCUUUAUGUAAUAUUUUAACAGUUUCUUUCAUACCUAUUUGUAACUUAAGCUUCUCUAAGUUUGAAUUGGACCCUACUUAUCCAAAUUAAACAAACAACAAAUAUUUUAUUUGCAAAUAUCUAUAAAAGGGAGGAAUAGCAUCCUGAUUUCCAAAUAUGAAUAAGAAAGAUUCUGUUGAUUAAAUAUAUUUUCAGUUUUUGAAAUAUUUUCCAAAAAUAUACAUUAUACUUCCAUUAUAAACUACUAAUACUAACAGAAAGACAGAAAGAUUGGAUCUCACUUUUGAUUCAUUUUAUAGCCAGUGUCUUAUACAUGCAGAGUUAAUUGGAUUUCCUGAUUUUUCUGGAAACCUGAUAAAUUAUCACAAGAGAAUAUUAAUAUCCCCUUCCUACAAUGCUAACAAUUUAGAGCCAGCUAACCUAGUCUAGCUGCUGCUAAUGUCACUUUGUCCUAGCAGGUUAUUAAAUUUAUGAAACUUACCACCCCUCCUUUCCUUUUCAUUGUGUUAGCGUGUUUUUUAGUAGUCCAUGAAAGUCUAAAUUGGUCAUUUUAUUGUAUGAUUUAUUAAAAAUUGUAUAAUCCCCACUCUCCAUUCCAGUUUCCAAAAGGAUUUUCUUUAUAAUAUGGGUAAGACUUUUGUAAUUAUUCAGUACCCUGAGAAUCUAUUUCAGCAGAGCCAAAGGAAAUGAGUGUAUAUAAUUCAUAUACACCAAGUAUACCUAUCAUACCUUUCAUUCUCUUAAAAAUUUUCUGCCACUAGUCAGAGUUCCUUUGGUUCAUCCUUCCUAAUGGUUUGAUUGCUGGAGAUUUCAAAGCAAGAUAGUCAUUACAUAGUUUUACCCACUGAUUAUUUUGUUCCUCUUGUGCAACUGAAAUUCACCACCAGAACUAAUAUAAUAUAAUCAUACCUAUUCAGACAAAUGUUUAAACAUUUUAGAACAUGGAGUCACAGAGAAUAUGAGAAUCUUUUUCUUCCUGUUCUUAAACUGCAACCUUGUUUACUGGUUUUCUUGGCCAGCAAGAAUCUGUCAUGUGUCAAGGUUAAAUGCAGUAUGCUACGCUGUACUCUCUGCCUCUCUUCUAGGCCUUUUCCUUGUCUCUGCAACUCUACCUGGACAGUGAUUUCUCCUGCUAACAUUCCUUAAACCUUUUACUGACAGGAACUGGCCUUCUUAAUCGGAAGGUCCUGGGAAGUACUUUUGGAGCAGCCAUUUGGCUGUCUGCAUUCACCUCCAAAUAUGCUUUCUCUGAGUACAGUCUGAGAGUGCACAGCUUCUGGCUUUCUGAUUAUAUCAGCAAGUGCUCUUGUGGCUUUUGAUCCACUUUGAUGGCACUACUGCAGAGUUUCUCAAUGUGACUUGAAUGCUGAAGGUUUGCCAACACUGAGUUCAUCUGCAAAUUAGAGCAUGCCGAAGUAAACACAAACAGCAUCAGAAUCUGGUAGAAUCUCCAUAGAUCUGCUUACCCAUAUUUACAGCAUGGCAAAAUGGUUGUGUGAAUUGGUCCUUAACUGCACAUAUUGCACAUGUACAUAAAGAGAGCAAACAGUAUAUACUGAACAAUGUCUUAGGCACACAUAUACACACAGCUUCUGAGAAAAGGCUAUUACCUUGAAAAUGUUCCAUAUAAGAUUGCCCUUUUCACUCUAUCCAGAGCUUCUGUUUAGCUCAAAAGUUUACACCAGUCUCUAGAAACUGGGAAAAAAUCAUUUUGAAUUGUUUUGCUCUAUAAUUAGCAUCACUGAUGUGCAGGAGCAAUCUAAACCAAUGGACAACAAAGACAGCUGCCCUGGGUCUCAUGUUGGGGGUGGGGUUGAAUCACCCACUCAUUCCAAUGGAGGGGGACAGCCAGAUCAGCAGCAGUGGCUACUCAAGCCUGCCAUAUCUGGGAGUCUCAGUCUUCUGGUGACAGCAGUGCCCUCCACCCACCUCACUCCAGUGGCAGGCAGUUAGCCUGGUGGGGUGUGACAAUCGGCUUUUGUGCACUUUCCACAUGACAUUUGCCUUGCAGUGGGUUUCUUGUUUAAAACAGGGAUCCUUCUGCUGUGAAGUAUCUCCAGCCAAGCUGUCAGUUUGCCCACUUGCUGCUUCCCUGGGUCUUUCCAUGGAACCUUCUUCUUGGGAGGUUUCCUGCUGCCUUUUUUUUUGGGGGGGGGGAGACAUCUGUGGUCUAGAGUUACUGUGUGCUAGACUAUAAAUCUCAUGCCAAUUUCAAGGAACUAUUGCUCCAGCAAUAGACCCAAAGCAUUUAAGUAAAAAAACGAAGUCCCUUGAAUCACCCUGUAAAGAGUGGGAGGAGUGGGAAAAGCAGGGAGAACUGUUGAGUGGGAAAAGCAGGGAGAACCAAAACCUGGAAGAAAGCAAAACAAAUGCUGAUUCCUUUCACUGUGAAGUGGUUGGGGAAUCACAUUUUUACCAGGUUUUGGAAACCGUGGAGAUUCUUUAAUCUGAGAGUGCAGUAAGUUUUGAAGAUGGGGGAAAAUGUGCAUAACCAAGAUCCAAUCUGGAGGGAAUGUAUGCUCAAUGUGAAGGAGACCACAAGUGCAUAAAUGGCCAAUGAUUCUGAGGUCCCAUCCUGGAUUUUUGGCCACGAUCCUAGAAUCACUAAGAUUGCCCCUGCUGAUGUGUUUCUAAUUAUACAUAUUUAAGUGCUUUGCUGAAAAGGGACUUCAGUAGAUGUGUGUAUGUAUGUGCCUGAGUUGGUGGCUGCUGAGUGUACAGUAACUGGAUAUGAUAACAUUUUUAGGCACAACGCAUCACUUAAAAACCAACCUAGUAGAAUUAGUAAUAAAUAUGUGCUUAGGGCCAUCAUUAUAGUCAGUGGAAGGAACCAAAACCUUUGGUAUAGAACAUGUUUCAGUGACUUGAUCUGAUUCAUCCAUUCAAACAAUGAACAUUUGGCUACAGCUCAUCUAGUGGUACCAAAGUAAUAUCUGUAUUUUAAUAAUCUGUUGUUUGGCUUUUUGCAAUGUAUUUGAUAAUCUCCACUUUUAACAUUGACUAUUUUAGUGAUAACAUAUUUAACAUGUAAGUGUUUGGAAAUAUUUUCUCUUUGCCCACCUGAGUAUAUAUAGUAUAUAUUUAAUAUGUGUGUGCGUGUGCUAUGUAUAUAUAUAUAACAGAAACAAGUAUUAGAAACAUGGAAUAUAUUUGUCUAAGUAAAUUUGCCACUUGUGUGGUAUAUGGCUAAUUUAUUAUUUGAAUAUUUAUUACUGUGAUAACUAUGAAAAUAAAAUAUAAAUGAUGGUA